CUCAUAUAUAUCAACCAAAAAUGCAUAUCAAGAAGAUAAUAAUCCAAGGGUUUAAGACGUAUAAGAAUACGACGGUCAUAGACUUUUUGUCCCCCAUGCAUAAUGUGGUUGUGGGUCGUAAUGGGUCUGGUAAAUCGAAUUUCUUUGCAGCUAUCCGAUUCGUAUUAUCUGAUGCUUAUACCCAUAUGACUAGAGAAGAAAGACAAGGGCUUAUCCAUGAAGGGUCUGGCACAGUUAUGUCUGCUUAUGUGGAGAUUGUGUUUGAUAAUACCGAGCGUAGAUUCCCAAUUGCCAAGGAUGAGGUUUCAGUAAGAAGAACAAUUGGAUUAAAGAAAGAUGAUUAUUCAUUAGACAGUAAGUCUGCCAGUAGAUCUGACGUGAUGAAUUUACUUGAAAGUGCCGGGUUUUCCCGCUCUAAUCCAUACUAUAUUGUUCCACAAGGUAGAAUCACCGCGUUGACGAACUCAAAGGAUUCUGAACGGUUGACAUUACUUAAGGAAGUUAGUGGAGCAAGAGUAUUUGAAACCAAAUUAAAGGAGUCAAUGAAGGAAAUGACCAAUUCCAAUUAUAAGAAACAAAGAAUUGAUGAAACUUUGAAAUCCAUAGAAGAAAGACUUUCCGACUUACAAAUUGAAUCUGCGGAUUUAAAGGAAUACCAAUCAUUGGAAAAGUCCAAAAAAGUGUUGGAAUUUAAUAUUUUCGAUCGAGAAUUGAAUGACUUAAACUCACAGGUUGAGACCAUCAAUUUCAAUUAUGAUCAACUUCUUUCUGAAUCGCAAGCGGAUUUAGAAGAAUUAGACAAGAGGGAAAAAUUAUGUAAGGAGCUUUCAGAGUCUAUUAAUGAUCUUACACUUAGUUUAAAAGUUUCUAAAUUGGAGAAGGAUCAAACUGAUUUAGAUUAUAAUCAAAUUUUGACAACUCUUCUGGAUAAGAAAAUGAGAUUGAAUGAAGUUGAGGCAAGUCUUUCUGGAACUAAAGAACAAAGUACAAGCUUACAGGCAUCUAUUGAUCAUUAUACUAGUUUAAUUGCCAAGAAGGAACGCGAAAUUUCUGAAAAUAAACCUGAAUUGGAGUCUUUACAAGACGUAGAAAGUCAAACAAAGGCUGAUCUUGCUGAGUAUACUUCAAAGCAAAGAGCCUUGUACUCAAAGCAAAGCAGAUUUCUGAAAUUCCAAACUAAGGAACAACGUGAUGAAUGGUUAAAUAAGGAAAUUUCGAGUGUCACAAAGGAAUUAAAUAAGAAAUCAAAUACAGUUACCAAACUUGAACAAGAAAUUGACUCAAAACAAGUUGAACUUGAAGAUUUAAAGGAGCAAAUUCGUAAACUAAAUGAUUCGAUUUUAGGACCAAAUUUUGCUGAGAGUGUAAAAUCAUUACAAUACAAAAUUAGUGACUCUAAGGCUCAAAUCACUGAAUUGACAGACCAUAGAAAACUGUUGUGGCGUGAUGAAAUACGACUCCGUAGUAUCCAGGACUCCAUUUCCAAUGAUUUGAACAAUGCUGCUCAUUUAGUUAAUCAGACUAUGGAUAGAGCACAAGCUCAGGGGCUUGCAGCUGUGAAAUCUAUUACAGAUCAAUUAAAUUUACAAGAGUCUGUUUUGGGGCCAUUGGCAGAAUUGUUCCAUGUGAAUGAUAAGUACAAGACUGCAGUCGAAGUUAUUGCUGGGAAUUCACUUUUUCAUGUAGUGGUUGAUAAUGACAAAACUGCAUCACUUUUAAUGAGUGAAUUAGUUCGUACUAAAGCUGGAAGGGUCACCUUCAUGCCAUUGAACCGAUUGAAUCCAGGUGAUGUCAACUAUCCAGAUUCUACUGAACAUGAAUGUAUUCCAUUAUUGAAGAAAAUCAAGUUCGACGAUCAACGUGUCCUCCCUGCGUUAAAACAAGUAUUUGGCAGAACUGUCAUGACUGUUAAUUUAGAAAAGGGGUCUGAAUUGGCUAGAAACUUCAAUGUUAAUUGUAUUACCUUGGAUGGUGAUCGUGCUGACAGUAGGGGUGUGUUGACUGGUGGGUUCAGAGAUAAUAAAAAGUCAAGAAUUGAUGCCUUGAAAGUACAAAAGAAGAAGAAAUCUGAAUUGGUUAGUAAUAAUGAUUCCUUAGCAAAAUGUGUUGAAGAAAUUGAAUCCAUAAAUCCAAAACUUACUGCAUUGAAUAAUGAAUUACAAGCUAGUGUCAGAGAACUUGAUAAGAAGUACUCGUCUCAAGAACCAAUUAAGGCGGAAAUAUCACAAUUGUCAGACCUAAAGUUUAAUAUUAUUCAAGAAAUUGAUUCCAUAACAUCAAAUUUGAAUACUUCCAGGGAAUUCCAAGAGAAUUUAAAAUCUAAUUUAAAUCAACAUACUUUGGAACUUUCUUCUGAUUUUACUCAAUCGUUAUCAGAAGAUGAAUUGAGCCAACUUCAAAAGCUUACCGUUGAUAUAAGUAGAACUGAAAAUAUAUUGGAUGAUGUGGUGAUGAAAUUAACUGAAAUUGAAACCAAGAAUUCACAAUAUCAAGCAGAAUUAUUAGAUAAUUAUUAUCCAUACCUUGCCAAAUUACAGAAAGAGCAAUCUGAAUCACAUUUACAAGUUCCUGAAACUGAAAUAACUGAUUUACAGAGAGAAAUUAAAACAAUUUCUGCACAAUUAGAGGCAGCUAAAGAUCAAAAUCAAGAAGCAAUCAGUCAAUAUGAGAAACUUGAAAAAGAGGUUCAAAAGAAUGAAGAAUUUUUGAAAAAAUCAAGUAAACAACAGGCAUUAAUUGUAAAGAAACUUGAAAAAUUCUCUGAAACGACGGAAAAGCAACUUUCAAAGAAAUCAUUUUUAAUUAUUCGUCGUGAUGAAGUUCAGAAGAAAAUCAGAGAUCUUGGAGUACUUCCAGAAGAGGCAUUCCAACAAGAUAAACAUGAUCAAUUCACUGCACAAGAAUUAUUAGAAAAAUUAAACAAGGUGAAUGAAAAAUUAUUGGAUUAUUCUCAUAUUAAUAAAAAGGCAAUGGAACAAUAUAAUACUUUCACAAGACAAAGAGAUGAUCUUGCUGAAAGACGUGAAGAGCUUGAAAAAUCUCGUGAAUCAAUUGAAGUAUUAAUUUCUGAUCUUGAAUCGCAAAAAGAUGCAGCAAUUUCGAAAAGUUUUAAACAAGUUGCAGAAAGUUUUACUAAAAUCUUUGAAAAACUUGUACCUGCUGGGACUGGGAGAUUGAUCAUGCAAAAGCAACAACAAGAUGAGAAUCCCAACACUCAAGAAGAAGGAGUUGAUAACUAUUCAGGAGUAUCCAUUUCAGUGUCAUUCAAUUCUAAAGAGGAUGAACAACAAAGAAUUGAACAACUUUCUGGUGGACAGAAAUCCCUCUGUGCUAUUACGCUUAUUCUUGCGAUCCAAAGCUGUGACCCUGCGCCAUUUUAUUUAUUCGAUGAGGUUGACGCUAAUCUUGAUACUCAAUAUAGAACUUCUGUUGCGGCUAUGAUUCAUUCGCUUUCUGCAAAUGCUCAAUUUAUCUGUACUACUUUUAGACCAGAAAUGCUUCAAGUUGCUGAUAAAUUCUACGGUGUAAUGUUUAACAACAAGGUUAGUACAGUUUCAGAGAUUGUUAGAGAAGAAGCCAUGUCUUUUGUUGAGGGCCAAGAGCAGCGUUAACAUCCGAGCUAAUAUAACAAAC